AUGGUGAACGAGCUGAUUAUUUUUCGACAAAAGCUACUAAUAAACGAUGGUGCCGAAACUUAUAUGAACAAUGGUGGUGGGACUGAUGUAGAUGAUGCUGGGACCAAUGACAUUAAUAAAAUAUGUGAAACAAUAUGUGAAAUAUCCCAAGCUAAUGAAACUGCAAAGCCUGAAAAAAAAGAUGAUAGUUCACCUUCUAAUGAUAAAGGAAAAAUGAGAGCUGAAGAUGAUGUUAACAAUGAUAGUUCAGUUCUGAAAAUAAAAAUAAAAAACUGA